CUCAACAAGGAUGAGCAAAAUAUUCGAUUUUUGUUGAACUCUAAAUUUCCAAAAUAUUCAAUAAAAACUUAUCUAAUAUUGUGCCUACUUAUGUUUAGCCAAUUACUGACGAACUUAUCGUAAGCCGAAUUUAAUUUCUGUUAUGAUGUCGGAAUAUUAUGAUCACUAUCAUCGUUGGGAGCCACUUGCAGAAUUUCAUUUUAGCAUUAACAGCGACGACGAAUAUGAUGAAGACAAUUAUCUUUAUUGUCUCUGUAGUAGAGCUUUUAUCAGGGAUUCUGUUAAAACAUACUACAUUGAAAAAGAAGAUGCAAGCGAGAGUGAAACAGAAAUUCUAGACUCCCAGGAUGGAGAAGAUCAUUCCCAUGUACAUUUCUCUGUAGAUACAUCUUAUAAAGUAAAGUGUGAGAAAGACGAAGGCGCCAGCUGUUAUUGUAGUGCUUCUCACACUGAAAACUACUGCUCAACUGAUGAGCAUGAUCCAACUCAAAUUCAUGGUAUUUCAAAUGCUUUACAACCUAGCGACAGUGGUGCUGAUCUCACAUACCAAGAUUAUCAUUCUGAUUACAUUUCUCAUGAUAAACUCGAACAGUUGGACCAUGAUACAGAAGCCCUAAUUGAAAAUGAAAAUUAUCUAUCAGAAGACACUUGGGAAAAGUUUUGGGCUAUCCAUGGUGAAAGACUUAUCUGGGCAUCUUGGAUAAAGAAGUACAGUAAUUACAUAAAUCCUGCUUUCUUAAACGAAAACAAUGAUUUGACUAUGGAUGAGAAUGGUGUACCAACACAACACUCAGAGGAUAUAUACAAAGAAAAUAUAGAGAACACCCCUGGAGCUGAUGGCAUACGUGAGAGGAAAUUUUCAUAUGAUUCAAAAGUAAAUCCAUACAAAAAAAACAGUGCUAUUGAAAAAGUAACAGAAAAGACUCCUUCAGUUAAAGACGACCAAUGGCUACCAAUAGCCAGACGUCGGUCCUGUUCUGAGCAUGAUAGAAUAUUGAGUCCGAGAACAGUGACAGGUACAGAUUCAAUGACUAAUGUAACAAAAAUUACCCUAUCGAGUUAUGAUAUAGGCUCCAGUCAUGUGACUUCAGAAUCAACCCCCACCGAUGACUACAGUAUGUCAUCAUCUUCAGAAGAUCAAUCCAAUGAUCAAACGAGAAUAGCCACUGUUUAUGACAGUUUGGAUAAUGUGCCAAUCACUGAAAUGGACACAGAGCAGUAUUGGCAGUUUUUGUGGAAACAACAUUUCGGGGAGCAGUUUGCUGCACAUUAUGCUAAUUAUAUUAACAAACACGGUGAACAAAACAAUGACGACCUUCCGAUAAACUUAACAUCCAUGGAUAAAGGAAAAGUUGAGAAAUCAUUAGACAUAGACUGUGAGAAUAGUGAAGGUAAUUCACAAGAAAUGCCAACAGUUAUUGAAGUGCAAACAAAAGUCGAACAAAUGAAAUUAGACGACAAACCUAAAGUUAAGAAGCGCAAUAAGAAAAAGAGUUUCCGUUAUUUAGAUUCUGUAGGUGUUUUACUACAAAAUCUAAUCAAAGAUGAAGAAAUAAAAUUGGAAAAUGAAACAACAGUGGAAGUAAUUGAAGCAGGUGAUGAAAAUGAAAAAAAAUCAGUACCUGCACAGUCCGAUUCUGGAGAAGGAAUUCAUAUGAACAGUUAUCAGCAGUCCGACAGCAAUACUAGUUUUAAAUCUUACAGCUACGACGACGGUGAUGACGAUCCGCCCGAAGAAAAUCCAAUAAAAUUAAAACGAAGCCAUGAAUACGACGACGAAGAGACAGCUUCAGAGACGAUUAAAUCUACAUUUGAGAUAAUGGGUUUCUGUUUAAAUUCCGAUAAACUACUGAAAGGUCACAUGGUUUACAGAAAACGAUUGGCCCGCUUACGUCCCCCCAGAAAUAAGAAAUAUGGAACUGGAAAGAAAACAUACUUUGACGAUGACGGUAAUGCACUUAAUUUGGAUGAGUAUGAAAAACAAAUGCAGCAUGUCGAAGAAUGCACUCAAACGAUAUCGGACACAGAGAGAAAGAGUGAACACGAUCCUUCAGAAGUUAUUGAACGUAAGGACGAAAAAGACAAAGGAUAUAUUGAAGGUUUGGAACUUGGGAGCCACGUGGAAAGCACAGUUUUCGAACGGACUAUGAAAGUGCAAGAUUCGUGUGAUGCUGCUGAGAUGCCACAGGAUUCAGAAGAACAAGUAGACGAUAGUUCAGUAACACAACAAGAAACAUCGAAACGUAAACGACGCCAGAAAAGAUAUUCGAGGGUGGAGGAGGAUGCAUCCGAGAUGCCCCAAGAAUUACAGGACGACCCUAAAAUGUUUAAGUAUUGGAAGAAAAGGCAUUCUCUGUUUCACAGAUUCGACGAGGGUAUAAAGUUAGACCGGGAGAGCUGGUUCAGCGUGACCCCUGAGAACGUGGCUCGUCACAUCGCUGCCAAGUGCCCGUACGACACCGUGGUGGACGCCUUCUGCGGCGCCGGCGGAAACACUAUACAGUUCGCCAAGACUAGCAAGAAAGUCAUAGCGAUAGAUAUCGAUCCGUUGAAGAUAGAGAUGGCGAAGCACAACGCUCAGGUGUACGGCGUGUCGGAUCGGAUACAGUUCAUCGUUGGCGACUUCUUCGAGCUGGCGCCCCAACUCGCGGCCGACAUGGUGUUCCUGAGCCCUCCGUGGGGAGGACCCAGUUACUCGAGCAGCCGCGAGUACGACCUGGAGACGAUGCUGGAGCCGAAGCCGGCGUCCGAGCUGAUGCGCGUCGCCCGCAGCGUGUCGGCAUGCGUGGUGCUGUACUUGCCGCGGAACUCCCGACCCGACCAGAUAAUCUCGUUAGCAAGAAGCAUGCGCGGCUCAUUGGAAGUGGAACAGAAUUACCUCGACAGAAGAUUUGUUGCGAUAACAGCAUAUUACUAUUGAAAUUCAAUAAUUACAUUACGAAAUUGUAAGCAAUAUUUAGAUUAGUCGAUGCUCAAAGUGAGAAUGUUAUGUUACUCUGUGUAUUACCGAUUGUUCCGACACAAAACGUCAGUUUUAAAAAUAAUGUUCACGUGGACGGCGUUUUUUUGUUAGUUUUAAGUUGAGGUGAAUUUAUCCGUUUAUAAAGAAUAUUUUGAUAAAUAUUGAAAUCAUAAUUUGAUCGUGUUUGCUACAGAUUUUAAAUGAUUGUUUUUUUUUAUGUCCUUUAUGUACAAUAAAUUUACUUAUUUCAAACCUUCGA